AGUCGGAUUCACAAGAAUUGGAUUCACAAGAAUCGGAGGAGGCAGAAAACAGUGGCGGUCCUUCAAACCCAUGACCUUGUCAAAAGUUAUACAAGACGUGGACCCAUUGUUGUUGAUCGAGUCAACCUUGAAGUUGAGACCGGUGAAAUUGUCGGUUUGCUGGGACCGAACGGCGCGGGCAAGUCAACAACAUUUUAUAUGGUUGUUGGAUUGAUCCGCCCCAAUGCAGGGCAGAUUAUUUAUGAUAAUGAGGAUAUCACAUUUCUGCCGAUGUAUAAACGCGCACGACGGGGCAUCGGUUAUCUCGCCCAAGAAACCUCUAUCUUUCGGAAGUUGACGGUCAAGCAGAACAUCGAAGCUAUCUUAGAGGUGCGCGAGAUUCCCAAAAAGGAGCGUGGUCCACGAAGUGAACAACUGAUGGAAGAACUUGGCAUUUCUGAGUUAGCAGAUCGUAAGGCAUAUACCCUUUCGGGUGGGGAAUGUCGUCGCGCUGAAAUCGCAAGAGCUUUGGCAGCAUCUCCGUCUUUUAUUUUAUUGGAUGAGCCAUUUUCAGGGAUAGACCCGAUUGCAGUUCAAGAUAUUAAGCAGCUCAUCUUACACUUACGCGAUAGAAAUCUUGGCGUGUUAAUCACAGAUCACAAUGCCGCGGAAAUGUUAGGCAUCGUUGACCGUGCUUAUUUAAUUACCGAUGGAAAAAUCACGUUAAAGGGCACCCCGGAGGCACUUGUCGAGAGUGAGAUCGCUAGGGAGCAGUACUUAGGACAUAAUUUUGAAUUGCGACGGUCUCGGAUAUAA